AUGUCUGAUGCAAUAUUAUUAGCAAAAGCACGAAAAGCUCGAUUCGAUGAUUUACCGAAUUUUUCUGGACAUCCUUCUGAGGAUGUCGAACGGUUUUUAAAAAGUAUUAAAAAUAUUACAAAAGCUAAUGAUGAAUCAGAAAAUCAAGAAAUUCUUGAAAUCGUACGUGGUAAAUUAACUCAAUCAGCAGGAUUAUGAACACCAAUGCAAAUUAAUUCACAACAAAAAGCAUUUAAUAAAAAACAUAUUAAUAAUCAAAUUUUAUCACAACAACAAUUUAAUAAUUGCAAAAUUUGUAGUCGAACAAAUCAUCGAACAAUCGAUUGUUUUUAUAAACGUACAACUGGAUGUUUUAAUUGUGGUCAAAACCAGCAGGUCCACAGUUGUACAAUGCCUCUAAAUUUUCAAUAA